UAUUUAUUUGCACGCGAAUAACGGAAAGCGCGUCUUUGUCGGGUGACGUUACAGUCGAGCGGUCCUCUGAUGACGGCUUGUCGUUGUAGCGUCGCAGCCGUCCUCCUUUGCCUGCGUGAGCGCGCACGCGCCCCCACGCGCUCUCGCGUGGCACGCACAUGCUCAGUGAGGUUAUUUUUGCGCACGGAGCCUUUUAAGACGAGCGUGCCAGCCCGCACGCGGCAGCACUCGCUCGAACCGAACCGGAGCGAGCAUCAGACGAGCGGGACCCAACCCCGAUGAGCCAGCACCGACGGCGGGCGGGCUCCGUCCGGGCCACACGGGAGCGAGGGGCCACUCGGCUCCGCUCUUGAAUGCCCGGCCGCGAAACACUCUUCCACGGGGGACUUUGGCUCGUCGUCUCGGUUCGUCGACAUGGUUCUGGGUAAAGUUCGGGCGCUGGCCGUGUGCUUCGACACGCUGAAUGAGAGCAACCUGCCGGUGUUCUCCGGCGGGGAGCUGGUGUCCGGUCGCGUGGUGGUGGAGGUGGCCGGGGAUGUGCGCGUCCGCAGCCUGGACGUGACUGCGCGCGGGGUCGCCAAGGUCCGCUGGACCGAGUCUCGCAACGCAGGAGCCAACACAGCCUACACGCAGAACUACACUGAGGAGGUUGAGUACCUGCACCACCGGGAUACGCUCAUCGGCGAAGAGCGAGGUGAGGCGCUCAUCAUCAUCAUCAUCACCGUGCUGCACAGCGGCUUGCACGAGUUUGCCUUCAGCUUCCACCUGCCGCAGAUGGCGUUGGCGACGUCGUUCGAGGGCAAACACGGCAGCGUGAGGUACUGGGUGAAGGCGGAGCUCCAGCGACCUUGGAUGCUUCCCGUCAAGGUUAAGAAGGAGUUCAUCGUCUUCGAGCACAUCGACAUUAACACGCCCCUGCUGCUGGCUCCUCAGGCGGGCAGCAAGGAGAAGACUUUGUGCUGCUGGUUCUGCGCGUCCGGUCCCAUCUCGCUUAGCGUCAAAGUGGCUCGCAAAGGCUACACGCCAGGCGACUCCAUCCAGAUUUUCGCCGAGGUGGAGAACUGCUCCACCCGUGUGGUGGUGCCCAAGGCGGCGCUGUACCAGACGCAGACCUUCUUUGCCAAGGGCAAAGGCAAAGAGAUCCAGCAGCUGGUGUCCAACCUGCGAGGGGAAGCCUUGGCUCAGGGCAAGAGUCAAAGCUGGGAGGGCAGGAUGCUCAAGAUCCCGCCCGUGUCGCCGUCCAUCCUCGACUGCCCCAUUAUACGCGUGGAGUACGCCCUUGUGGUGUAUGUUGACAUUCCGGGUGGUCUCAACUUGUCGCUGUCGUUGCCUUUGGUCAUCGGGACCAUCCCGCUACACACCGCCGCCUCCCGCACCUCUAGCAUUAGCAGCCAUGGCAGCGCCUCUGGCUGGCUGGGCGUGCCAGAGCACCCUGAGGCUCCGCCCAGCUACAGUGAAUUGGCCAUCCCGGAGUCACACCGCCGCCACUUCCUGCACGGCGUCCACGAGCACGAACAAGAACAUGCUAGUGCGGCGUUGCUCACGUACAUCACGGAAUUCCGAUAUCUGCCGCCUCCAUUCUACGCCGAGGUGGACCCAUAUCCUGAGCAGGUGGAGCCCGGCCGCCCUGACACGUGUCCGUCACGCUGAAGAGGUGAAAAUCUGGAGUUCAUCUGCUGUACCAACGUGACACUCUGCUCCUCCCCAUAUCCAGCCGAGCCAGGAUCACAUGACUGCUUGAUUGAUUGAUGGACGUAGAUUCCUGGGACGGGACAAGACGUUGCCACCCACUUGCCACCUUCCUUCUUCCUCCGAACUUUUUGGACACGUCUGUAAACACACCACCCGAGACCACCCAGACCCCACCCAACAAAUAUGUGCAUGUCCUCGCUCACAUGUGAAGUCACGUGUGGGAGAGUUUGGAAGUUGGCAGUGAAAAAAGACUGACGGGAUGUCACCCGAAGCACUUAAACUUCAACGUGUGUGUGUGUGUGUGUGUGUGUGUGUGUGUGUGUGUGUGUUGGGAAACAAGAAUGCGUGUGUGUGUGUGUGUGUGUGUGUGUGUGUGUGUGUGUGUGUGUGUGCAGAGCUGAAAGCACAAACGACCAACUUCAAAGAACCACAAGUCGCCUGUUUUGACGUUUGCUCAGAGCUAAAUAUUAUUAUUCAUAAUAAUGAGAAUACUUUUUUACGAGCGCGUUCCAUGUCCAAAGAACGCCGAAAUAUGACGAAAAAAAAUGUAAGAAAUGUUUACAGGAAAAUUUGGUCAAACGUCCUUGAAAGUUUGGGAGAUGACUAAA